AUGUAUAGCCAUGUAUUGCCAUGUAUAGCCAUGUAUAGCCAUGUAUUGUCAUGUAUUACCAUGUAUAGCCAUGUAUACCCAUGUAAUGCCAUGUAUUGCCAUGUAUUACCAUGUAUAGCCAUGUAUAGCCAUGUAUAGCCAUGUAUAGCCAUGUAUUACCAUGUAUAGCCAUGUAUAACCAUGUAUAGCCAUGUAUAACCAUGUAUAGCCAUGUAUUGACAUGUAUCACCAUGUACUACGAUCUAUUGCCAUGUAUCACCAUGUAUAGCCAUGUAUUGCCAUUUAUUGCCAUGUAUUACCAUGUAUAGCCAUGUAUAGCCAUGUAUAGCCAUGUAAUGCCAUGUAUUACCAUGUAUCACCAUGUAUUACCAUGUAUAGCCAUGUAUACCCAUGUAUACCCAUGUAAAGCCAUGUAUAGCCAUAUAUAGCCAUGUAUUGCCAUGUAUAGCCAUGUAUAGCCAUAUAUACACAUGUAAUGCCAUGUAUUGCCAUGUAUUACCAUGUAUAGCCAUAUAUAGCCCGGUAUUACCAUGUAUAGCCAUGUAUAGCCAUGUAUAGCCAUGUAUAGCCAUGUAAUGCCAUGUAUAGCCAUGUAUACCAUGUAUUACCAUGUAUAGUCAUGUAUACCAAUGUAUACGCAUGUAAUACCAUGUAUUGCCAUGUAUAGCCAUGUAUAGCCAUGUAUAGCCAUCUAUAGCCAUGUAUAACCAUAUAUAGCCAUGUAUAACCAUGUAUAGCCAUGUAUUGACAUGUAUCACCAUGUACUACCAUGUAUUGCCAUGUAUCACCAUGUAUAGCCAUGUAUUGCCAUGUAUUACCAUGUAUAGCCAUGUAUAGCCAUGUAUAGCCAUGUAUAGCCAUGUAAUGCCAUGUAUUACCAUGUAUUACCAUUUAUUACCAUGUAUAGCUAUGUAUAGCCAUGUAUACCCAUGUAAAGCCAUGUAUAGCCAUGUAUAGCCAUGUAUUGCCAUGUAUAGCCAUGUAUAGCCAUAUAUACUAAUGUAAUGCCAUGUAUUACCAUGUGUUACCAUGUAUAGCCCUAUAUAGCCAGGUAUUACCAUGUAUAGCCAUGUAUUGCCAUGUACAGCCAUGUAUUACCAUGUAUUGCCAUGUAUCACCAUGUACUGCCAUGUAUUACCAUGUGUUUUUAUGUUCACCAUGUAUAGCCAUGUAUACCCAUGUAAUACUAUGUAUUACCAUGUAUUACCAUGUAUUACCAUGUAUAGCCAUGUAUACCCAUGUAUACGCAUGUAAUGCCAUGUAUUGCCAUGUAUAGCCAUGUAUUACCUUGUAAUGCCAUGUAUAGCCAGGUAUUAACAUGUAUAGCCAUGUAUUGCCAUCUACAUCCAUGUAUUACUAUGUAUUGCCAUGUAUCACCAUGUAUAGCCAUGUAUUACCAUGUAAUGCCAUGUAUAGCCAUGUAUAGCAAUGUAUUACCAUGUAUAGCCAUGUAUAACCAUGUCUAGCCAUGUAUUGCCAUGUACAUCCAUGUAUUAAUAUGUAUUGCCAUGUAUCACCGUGUAUAGCCAUGUAUUACCAUGUAAUGCCAUGUAUAGCCAUGUAUAGCAAUGUAUUACCAUGUUUAGCCAUGUAUAACCAUGUCUAGCCAUGUAUUGCCAUGUACAGCCAUGUACUAUAAUUUAUAGCGAUGUAUUACCAUGUAUAGCCAUGUAUAACCAUGUCUAGCCAUGUAUUGCCAUGUACAGCCAUGUACUACCAUGUAUUGCCAUGCAUCACCAUGUAUAGGUAUGUAUUACCAUGUAUCACCAUGUAUAGCCAUGUAUUACCAUGUAUACUCAUGUAUAGCCAUGUAUUGCCAUGUAUUACCAUGUAUAGCCAUGUAUUGCCAUGUAUUACCAUAUAUAGCCAUGUAUAGCCAUGUAAUGCCAUGUAUUACCAUGUAUCACAAUGUAUUACCAUGUAGAGCCAUGUAGAGCCAUGUAUACCCAUGGAAUGCCAUAUAUUGCCAUGUAUUACCAUGUAUAGCCAUGUUUAGCCGUGUUUAGCCAUGUAUAGUCAUGUAUAGCCAUGUAAUGCCAUAUAUUGCCAUGUAUUACCAUGUAUAGCCAUGUAUACCCAUGUAAUGCCAUGUACAGCCAUGUAUUACUAUGUAUUACCAUUUAUUACCAUGUAUAGCCAUGUAUUACCAUGGAUAGCCAUGUAUAGCCAUGUAUUACCAUGUAUUACUAUGUAUUACCAUGUAUCGCCAUGUAUUACCAUGUAUUACCAUGUAUAGCCAUGUACUGCCAUGUAUCGCUAUGUAUUACCAUGUGCAUGUAUUACCAUGUAUAGCCAUGUAUAACCAUGUCUAGGCAUUUUUGCCAUGUACAGCCAUAUACUACCAUGUAUUGCUAUGCAUCACCAUGUAUAGCCAUGUAUUACCAUGUAUCACCAUGUAUAGCCAUGUAUUACCAUGUAUACACAUGUAUAGCCAUGUAUUGCCAUGUAUUACCAUGUAUAGCCAUGUUUAGCCAUGUAUAGUCAUGUAUAGCCAUGUAAUACCAUAUAUUGCCAUGUAUUACCAUGUAUAGCCAUGUAUACCCAUGUAAUGCCAUGUACAGCCAUUUAUUACUAUGUAUUACCAUUUAUUACCAUGUAUAGCCAUGUAUUACCAUGGAUAGCCAUGUAUCGCCAUGUAUUACCAUGUAUAGCCAUGUACUGCUAUGUAUCGCUAUGUAUUACCAUGUGCUGCCAUGUAUUGCCAUGUAUACCCAUGUAUUGCCAUGUAUACCCAUGUAUUACCAUGUAUAGCCAUGUACUGCCGUGUAUCGCAAUGUAUUACCAUUUGCUGCCAUGUAUUGCCACGUAUUACCAUGUAUUGCCAUGUAUUGCUAUGUAUAGCCAUGUAUCGCCAUGUACUGCCAUGUAUUACCAUGUGUUUUUAUGUAUCACCAUGUAUUGCCAUGUAUAGCCAUGUAUAGCCAUGUAAUGCUAUGCAUAGCCAUGUAUAGCCAUGUAAUGCCAUGUGUAGCCAUGUAUUACCAUGUAUAGCCAUGUAAUGACAUGCAUAGGCAUUUAAUGCCAUGUAUUGCCAUGUAUUGCCAUGUAUUACAAUGUAUUGCCAUGUAUCGCCAUGUAUUACCAUGUAUAGCCAUGUAUUGCUAUGUAUUUCUAUGUAUAACCAUGUACUGCCAUGUAUAUAGCCAUGUAUUGCCUUGUCUUUCCAUGUAUUGCCAUGUAUAGCCAAUUACUGCCUUGUAUCGCCAUCUAUUACCAUGUAUUACCAUGUAUGCCCAUGUACUGCCAUGUAUUAUCAUGUAUUGCCAUGCAGUACCGUGUAA